AGAUAUAACUCUAUAAAAGCAUAAUGGUAUAAGGAAAAUAACACACACAAAAUUUGAUUUCGUGUUAAUUUUUCGAAACAUUGUUACGACCAUGAAUAAGAAGGGUGACUCGAAUAAGAUCUCUCAUAAUUCACAGGUAGGCAAUCAAGAUGUUGAGGGGUGUCAGAAUUCAUCUCUGACAGUUGAAACAGAGAAUGUGAACCAAGAGAGUUUCAUCCGACAGAAAAUUGUUGAAGCUAGAGACAAAUUGGAAAAGCAGAAACAAGACAAUCGGAAGAAAGAGUUGGAUCUUCUUACAAAUCUGUUAGCCAACCUCACUAUUGGUGGCGAUUCAAUUGAUUUCAGCAAGAUGAUAGAUGAGAAAAUUAAGGAGAUUGAUGCUAAGAUUGCUUCACUCGAUUGAUCACUCGAUUGAUCAAAUGUUAUUUGAAAGUAUUUAUCAUGAUUAUGAAUAAAAUUUGUGGAUCUGAAUAAAACUCAUAAUAAACUUCUUUUUUAUAA